AUGACGGAGCGCAACUUGUGGGGAUUCUUCGAUGGGUCGGCAUCGAAGCCCACGUCGGACGCUUCAACCGCGGAGAAGGAAGCGUGGGUGCGCAAGGACAAAAAGGCGUUUGCCUUUCUUGUCUCCAAGCUAAGCCUCCAACUCGUCCCAAUCGUGAGCCCUUGCAUCGACCGUGACGACGCGACUCGUGAAGCGUGGAAGCGACUUGAAGGAGAGCACGUCUCCAAGUCGCUUCAUAGCAAGCUUCAAGCGCGCCUCGACUUCUUCACGGUGCGGAUGAAGGACGGCGAGUCAAUGCGCGCGUACGUUAACCGCGUGGAGGAGCUUGGCGAGCGCUUGGUGGAACUCGAUGCGAGCGUGGAGGACAACGAUUGGAUCAUGACGCUCCUCGCGGGCCUCGGUGAAGCAUGGUCAACGGUGAUCACGGUGUUGGAUGGGACGCAAGAUACAUGGAAGAAGGAGCAAGUGGUGGCACGCCUCAUCAACGAAGAGGCGAGGCGCGCGAAGUUGCAUGGCGAUGCAAUCGGCGCGGCACACUUCUCCCGCGAUGCGAAGGCGAAAGGGUCGGGUCACUUCAAGCGGCGAAACGACGGCAACAACCGCGGGAUUUCGAACGGGAGCGCGGCGGCCUCAAGCUCAUCACGAGGAGGAUCGGCCAACGCCAAUCGAGCUCGGGCGCGAGAGGGAGCUUGUCGGUUUUGCAAGAAGACGGGACAUUGGUGGCGCGAUUGUCCCGUUAAACCGGCGAAUUGGAGGCCGUCUUCAAGUGACGACAACCGGCGCGCGCAUGUGGCGACAUGCGACAACAACGACCGGGAGUUCGUCUUCGUCGCAAGUGGAACGACCGUCGGUGGUGUUGACGCGUGGGUACUCGAUACGGGUGCUACUCAACACAUGACGGCGAGCGCGACGCUUCUCAACAACGUGACAACGGUGGCUCCCGUUAAGCGCGUGAUGUUCGGCAACCGUGACACCUUGGAUGUCACGGGACAAGGCGACUUGCGGCUCAUGGUGGAUGGCGGUCCACUCACCAUCAAGAACGUCUUGGUGGUUCCCGGGCUCGGCGCCAACCUCCUAUCCGUUUCCCAAUUUACACGCAAGGGGAUGCGUGUGAAUAUUGAAGGGACCACGAUGGCGUUGAGCACGGCGGACGGCGUACACAUCGGCACGGCACGCCAAGCGGGAGGACUCUUCAUGCUCGACGCUCUUCCGAGUAUGGCGACGGCUCAAGCGGCUACCUCGACAACAACUCUCUCGACAUGGCAUAAUCGCGGUACGAAGCCGGACGUCACCGACCUUCGCACGUUUGGGUGUACGUGCUACUACCAUGUCCCGGAUGCCACACGGACCAAGCUUGAGGCGAAGGCGCGGGUGGCGAUGUACUUGGGUCCAAGCGCGGAUCACAAGGCGUGGCGUGUGUGGGACUUGGAGCACGGGAAGCUCGUGGUGUCGCGCGACGUGGUGUUCUACGAAGACACCUUCCCGUCCACGUCGAUGCACGUGCCCUCGGUCAUCAUUGUCCCUCCCCCCUUGGAUGCCGCGGAUGAGGUGGAUGUUGCUCCUACGGCUUCUCCUCCUCGUACGAGUGAGGGGGAGAAUGGAUCGGGUGCGGUUGGAGUGAGUGCGGAUGAAGAACAUGCCAAGGAAAGUGACCCUUCAUCUCCUCCUCCUAAAAUCACUCCCACCCUCGCAUCCACCCGCACUCGGAGGACUCCUCGUCCCAACUCCAAGUUGGAUGGCUACUCUCUUGUGGCGGGGGAUGAUGAGGGAGGGGGAGAUGCCAUGUGUCUUGAGGCAUACACCGACACACCGUCCACCUACCAAGGCGCCAUGAGCUCGGCGGAAGCGGCGGAAUGGGAACGCGCGCUUCAAGAGGAGUACGAUUCGCUCAUGGCGAACGACGUCUACGAGCUCGUUCCCAUGCCCCCGGGCGCCUACCUCGUUGGCUCUCGUUGGCGGACGUGA